GCCGCCGCCAGGGUAGCUGGGAGGCGGAGCGGUCCACAGAGUUGCCUCGAGAGCCCCCUGGGUGGCUCGCGGGCAAGGCUUGGCCCCAAUCACGACCAGUGAACCUUCUCGUCGCCGCCGUCAUGGCGCCCACCAUCCAGACCCAGGCCCAGCGGGAAGACGGCCACAGACCCAACUCCCAUAGGACUUUGCCGGAGAGGUCCGGUGUGGUCUGUCGAGUCAAGUACUGUAACAGUCUUCCAGACAUCCCUUUUGACCCCAAGUUUAUCACAUAUCCCUUUGACCAGAAUAGGUUUGUCCAGUAUAAGGCGACAUCUCUUGAAAAACAGCACAAGCAUGACCUGCUUACAGAGCCAGACCUGGGAGUCACUAUCGAUCUCAUCAACCCCGACACCUACCGAAUUGAUCCUAAUGUUCUCCUAGAUCCAGCAGAUGAAAAAUUACUCGAAGAAGAGAUCCAGGCCCCAACCAGCUCUAAAAGGUCCCAGCAGCAUGCAAAGGUGGUACCCUGGAUGAGAAAGACAGAAUAUAUCUCCACAGAGUUCAACCGUUAUGGCAUCUCCAAUGAAAAACCUGAAGUCAAGAUUGGGGUGUCUGUGAAGCAGCAGUUCACCGAGGAAGAGAUCUACAAAGAUCGAGACAGCCAGAUCACAGCUAUCGAGAAGACGUUUGAGGAUGCCCAGAAGUCGAUUUCUCAGCACUACAGCAAGCCCAGGGUGACACCUGUCGAGGUGAUGCCUGUUUUCCCAGACUUUAAGAUGUGGAUCAAUCCUUGUGCCCAGGUGAUCUUUGAUUCAGACCCAGCCCCCAAAGAUACCAGUGGUUCUGCAGCCCUGGAGAUGAUGUCUCAAGCCAUGAUCAGAGGAAUGAUGGAUGAGGAGGGCAACCAGUUUGUGGCCUACUUUCUGCCAGUGGAAGAGACCAUGAGGAAGCGCAAACGUGACCAGGAAGAAGAGAUGGAUUAUGCCCCAGAUGAUGUCUAUGAUUAUAAGAUUGCGAGGGAGUACAACUGGAACGUGAAGAACAAGGCUAGCAAAGGCUAUGAAGAAAACUACUUCUUCAUCUUCCGAGAAGGAGAUGGAGUCUACUACAAUGAGCUAGAGACCAGGGUUCGCCUCAGCAAACGUCGGGCCAAGGCUGGAGUGCAGUCAGGCACCAAUGCCUUGCUUGUGGUCAAACACCGGGACAUGAAUGAGAAGGAGCUGGAAGCUCAGGAAGCUCGGAAGGCCCAGCUGGAGAACCAUGAGCCAGAAGAAGAGGAAGAGGAGGAGCUGGAGAUGGAGAAAGAGGCCCCAGGCUCAGAUGAAGAAAGAGAAAAAGGAAGCGGCAGUGAAAAGGAGGCCAGUGAGGAGGAAGAGGAGGAGCGGUCAGGCAGUGAGAGUGAGCGGGGAGAGGAGGAGAAGGAGAGCGAGAAGAGUGGGAGCGGGGAAGAUGAACCCGAAGAAGAGAGCAGCGAAGAUGAAGCCCGGGCAGCCCGAGACAAGGAAGAGAUCUUUGGAAGUGAUGCAGACUCGGAAGAAGAUGAAGAGGAGGAAGAAGAGGAAGAAGAUGGGGGUGGGCGAGCAGGGGGCAGUGGGGAAGACGAGGAUGAGGAGAGUGGCAGUGAGGGGGAGCCCGGGCGGCACAGCCGUAGCCGCAGCCGCAGCCGUAGUCCUAGCCGCAGCCGCAGUCCCAGCCGAAGCCCCAGCCCCAGCCCCUCCUUCCUCAGUGCCAGUGACCAUUCGGCCCAAGAGGAUGGCAGUGAAGGGGGUGCUUCUGACUCCAGUGAGGAGGCCAGUGACAGUGACUGAGGCUCAGUGGCCGACCACAGGCUGCCCAACUGGCCAAGAGGGGCUGGGCCUCUCUAGCUCAGGCACCAUUCUCAGGACAAAAGGAAAAUGCCCAUUUUUUUUUUUAAACUUUUUGCUGUCAAUAAAGGCAAUAUGUUUAUAAGUUGAAAGGUAGGAAUCUGUUACCUUUAUCCCAACGGACAUCCCCCUCCCUUCCUGCUUCCCAGAGGGGGAAGCCUGGGCACAUGCAUCCCCCCUGCCCCAACUCCAUACAAGGGGGCCCAGUCCCAAGAAGCAAGGCGUCAAAGAUUGGGCCAGAGGAGGAGUCUUGGGUUUUCAUUAAAUGUAUUAUAACAAAGGUCAGAUUUUUUUUUUUCCAAAAUAAGCCCGGACCAUUAAACAAGUGAAACUCCAACAAAUUUGUCUUCUCCAACAGAGAGAAAAACUGUGUACAGUUACUCAAAGCUGCUUCUGCCAGUGGGGCUGGGGGAAGAUGGAGUGCUGAAACCAUGGAGGGCCCGGGAGGGGAGGGAAAAUAGGGGACGGGGGACUGGGUCCUGCCCGUCGGGGUGGGGGCCGCCUGCGUCCCACACACUCUGGUGUCAGGCUGGAGGGUGGGAGAGGGUGUUUUUCUCCUCUCUGGGGGUCCCCACCCCUUUCCAAUAGGGAGGUCCUCACUGGUAGGCUGAGCCGGCUCAGGCCUAACAGAUUGAUGGGAUGGGACCUGGCUGGGGAUGGGGGUAGGGGGGGAACCUAGAGUGGACAGGAACCCCUACCCCACAAAACACCAUUCUGCUGAUUCCAAAUCGUGGUGUCCCCUUGUCCCCCUGUGGGGUGAGGAUCCCCAGGAGAUGGGGGACAGGCAAAGGCACAGCAAUAUGGAGGGGAUGGGGGAGAGGGGCUUGCAUAGGUUGAUGAGUGCAAGAGGUACAUAAAUAAACCCGAGCCCCUCCCCACCCCUCCCCCCAGCCAGGGUGUGGGGAGGCCCCCUGGAGAUGAGGCCCCUGGGAUUCCCUGCCCCCUCCCUCCCUGGGCAAAAAAGGGGGCAGGAAAGGGAAUAGACCAGGAACUGAGGAGGGAGAGUGGAGCCAGGGGCACCAGACUGGGUGGCUGUUGGGAAGAAGGGAAAGGGGCCAGGAGGCUUGGGGGGGGGGGUUUUUUGGUUUUUUUUUUCCAACAUUUUGUUUCUUUAAUAACAUACGUAAUGGUUACCAGCCAUAGUCAUAACAAAAGUUAUUCAUAAAAUGUAUCUAAAAAUAACA